AUGUCGGCCCUUCGUGCAUCUGCUGGCGCGUCCCGGCCUGGCAUGAUGCAGUCGUUCCGAACUGCCAUGACCAAGCGUCCCUUCAACACUGCCAGUGCCAUGCGCCCCGGUGCCGCCAGCUCAUUCCACAGGGACGAACCCGCUGCCCCCAUCCUCAAGACCAGUAUUCCGGGCCCCAGGGCCGCCGCCGCCGCCGAGGAGCUGGAUGAGGUCUUCGAGACCCGCAGCAUCAACAUGGUGGCCGAUUAUACUCGGAGCGUUGGCAACUACAUUGCCGACCCUGACGGCAACAUGCUUCUGGAUGUGUACGUUGGUUACCUUGUCCUUGCGGCCCUGCUGCUGCUACUCAAACAGCUUCGUCUCCCCCACUGCUCGUCACGCACCUCCAUGAUGUUAACGCUGCCGCCACCCAGUUACGCUCAGAUUGCCUCCAUUCCUGUAGGCUACAACAACCCCCAGCUUCGAAAGGCCGCCCAGACCCCCGACAUGGUUGAUGCCAUCAUCAAUCGUCCUGCCUUGGGCAACUUUCCCUCUCACACGUGGGCCAAUAUCCUCAAGACUGGCAUACUCAAGGUCGCUCCCAAGGGCUUGAACAACGUGUACACCGCCAUGGCCGGCUCCGACGCCAACGAGAUCGCCUACAAGGCUGCCUUCAUGUACAAGCGACAGGUUGAACGAGGUGGUCCCGACGUCGACUUCACUCCACAAGAGAUGGAGAGCGCCAUGAGCAACCAGGCCCCUGGCUCUGCACAGCUUUCGAUUUUGUCUUUCAAGACCAGUUUCCACGGCCGCCUGUUUGGUUGCCUCUCCACCACCCGCUCCAAGCCCAUCCACAAGCUUGACAUUCCUGCCUUCGACUGGCCCCAGGCAACUUUCCCCCAGCUCAAGUACCCCCUUGAUCAGCACGCCGAGGAGAAUGCCAAGGCUGAGCAAGCCAGCUUGGACGAGGUUGAGCACUUGAUCAAGACUUGGCAUCUGCCUCCUGCGGCCGUCGUCAUUGAGCCUAUCCAGAGUGAAGGCGGUGACAACCACGCCAGCCCGGAAUUCUUCCAGAGGCUCCGCGCCCUGACCCGCAAGCACAACGUUCUGCUCAUCGUCGACGAGGUCCAGACUGGUGUCGGCGCCACGGGUAAGUUCUGGGCUCAUGAGCACUGGGACCUUCAGGACCCUCCCGACAUGGUGACCUUCUCCAAGAAGGCCCAGACCGCCGGUUACUACUACCGGUCCAAGGACCUGCGUCCCAAUAAGCCUUACCGCCAGUUCAACACUUGGAUGGGCGAUCCAUCCAAGGCCCUUCUUUUCCGUGCCAUCAUCGGCGAAAUUGAGCGCCUCGAUCUUGUCAACCACACUGCCAAGGUUGGCAACUAUUUGUUCGGCAAGCUCGAGGGUCUUGCCAGCAGAUACCCCGAUCAUUUUCAGAACCUCCGCGGAAAGGGGCAAGGUACUUUCAUUGCUUUCGACCACCCCAAGCGCGACGAAUUUCUCGCCAAGGCCAAGACCUUUGGUAUCAACAUUGGUGGCAGCGGUGCCAAUGCCGUUCGUCUCCGUCCCAUGCUGAUCUUCCAGGAGCACCAUGCCGAUAUUCUCAUUGAGGCUCUUGAGAAGAUUGUCAAGGCGUUGUGA